AUGGUGGAUACGCUCAUCGCCAACGCUAACCUUGAAGAUCUACGCGCCAUCGUUCGCGGCAUGCUGGCCACGAGUCCUCCCUCGGUCGCCGCAGCGUUUACGUCCGCAGCACGCCAGCGACUCGUCCGCGUCCGGGCGGCGGAGGUCCCGGACACCACGGGUAUUUUCGUCGCCGAAUCUGGCGGGAACGCCGCCGCGCCGAGCGAGAAGCUGAAGGGCAUUCUCCUUCGCGUUCGCACCCUCUACGGGUCGGGGAUGGGCUUUGCAAGUCUGAAGACAUUGGCGCGGGUCGUCGGCGCCACUGUAGGACUCCGGUGGAAGGAAGAUAGCGUGAUGGAGGAUACACUGGCGACAAUCGACGCAGACAUCAGCCAGGCCAUUCAAAGCGCGAAGGAGGAGAUAGACGGCGGGCGGGUCACGGAUCUUCAGGAGGCGCGGGAGGUCGUGGACGAACUGCGGGCAGCGAUUACGGAGAGUCAGAUGGACACGAAGAAGUGGGACGGCGGGUUCCCGUUCGAGCGGGCGGAGGCGAGCUUGGAAUACUGGCGGGUGUAG